UUCAAGUCCCUUUAACGGGUGGUAAAAGCACCUGGAUAUAACGACCCGAGGGUUUAUCUCAGUUAACUGUUUGUAUAAUUUUCCCAAUUUGUACGGAACCAAAAGGAGGCUUGCAAAAUUAGGGUUUAUCUGAAGAAGAAGAAGAAGGCAAAAAAAUGGAAGGAGUUACAGAGGGAGUGAACAACAUGAGUAUCUCUGAAACCCAAAAGAAGAACAGAAUUCAAGUUUCUAAUACCAAGAAAUCCCUCUUCUUCUAUGUUAAUCUCUCCAAGAGGUACAUGCAGCAGUACAAUGAAGUGGAACUCUCUGCUCUUGGGAUGGCUAUUUCGACAGUGGUUACCAUUGCUGAAAUUCUCAAGAACAAUGGAUUUGCUGUUGAGAAGAAGAUCAGGACACUCACUGUGGACAUGAGGGACGAACCAGGAGCCCGACCAAUACCAAAAGCAAAGAUUGAAAUAGUGUUGGGCAAGACCGAGAAAUUUGAUGAGUUAAUGGCUGCAGAAGCAGAGCAAAAUGGGGAAAAUGAGGAGCAGAACUGAUUAUUACCACAUCUGCUCUCUUUCCUGAUGAUUGAAGUUAUCCCAAGCUAUACUGCUUUCAGCUGUUGGGUUCUCUAUGGUCUUUGAUUAGAUCUGUUGGAAAAGCCCCCCAAAAAAAAACAUGGUCUUACCUUAAAAUUCAUUAUUUGUUGGAUGUGUUUGCUUUUUUUGACUUUGCUUAUCUAAGGUGGUUUUGGAUGUAAACAUGUUGCUGCUAUCUUCACUGUAAGUGAUGUGGUAUUAAUUACAUCUGGUAGUUUGUCAUUGAA